AUGGAUAUAUUUUUAUUUAAUAUCAUUAUUGGUCUCUUUAUGUUUUCUUAUUCAAAUGUAUGGCAACCAUUCUAUAACCUUUACAACACAGAUAGGAUGAUCAACGAAUUCUCUCAUGACUGUUUCUAUUUGACAAUCCCUAACAAAGAUACUUUUGAUGAGAGUGAUAUCCUAGUUAAACAGAUAAUUGAAUACUGUACAGGUAUGCAUUUCAAAGAAGAAAAUAUCAAUGAAAAUUCAAUAUCAUCUAAAUUAAGCUUCGAUGAAUUAAAAAAACAAAAUAUAACCAGUAAGAAUCUAAUAGAAUGGUCGAGUCCUAUUGAUCUUGUUGAAGAUUAUGAACAAUUUUUGCAAGAAAUGAAUCAAUCAUCAUCAAUUGCACAAUUUUAUAAUUGUACUCUGCCAUGGUUUGGACCGUUUUGUCAGUAUAGAUUUAUUUUAAAUCAAUCAUUUUCAAAACUUACCGAAACAAUCUUUCAUCGAAGACCAGAUAGGCCCCCGAAUAUGCCAACUUUUACAUGCUAUGAGCAUUUAAAAUGUAAUCGUGGCUCACGUUAUCUCUGUCUUGAUUGGAGUGAAAUAUGUGAUGGAAAAGUCGAUUGUCUUGAUGGUGGUGAAGAUGAAAAACAUUGUCAUGAAUUGUAUAUAAAUCGAUGUGAAGAGAAUGAAUAUCAAUGUCGAAAUGGAAUGUGUGUGAAUGAAGGUUUUCUAAGAGAUGAGUUUUGGAAAUUAAUUAGUCCAGAAUGUAUGGAUGCAUCGGAUGAAAUUGGAGUGAGAGACCUCGAUGGUGGUGAUAAAUGUCUUAAUGAUCCAACGUUUCGAUGCGAAGAUUUCAUUUGUCGAACUCCUUGGCAUUUUCCUUGUGGAGAUGGCAAUUGUCUUAAAUAUGAUUUCCCAGAUAAUAAACUUCAAUGCAAUAAUCAACGAGAUCAAGCAUUCAACUUUCUAGUUGAUUGGCACAACUCCGAAGAUAUAGAGUUUCCUCGCUGUUUCAAAACUCUUGUAUGUACAUCCGUAUUGAUAUCUUCGAACGAGUUUGAUCAGCAUUGUAGAAAUUUAUGCCUUAAUAAAGAAGAAUGUAAACGACAAACUCUUGAUGGGUGUCCGUCCUCAUUCAUCGCACCAACUUUUCCUAUGUGGGGUGGCCAUGUAAGAUUAGGCUACUUUGCUAAUCAGACAAUUAACUUUGUUAAAGAAGCUAGACCUCAAUUCGUCUGUUACAAUGAAUAUUUAUGUCCAUUUCUCGUUCCAACCUUUACAGUGAAUGAUUAUACAUGUUUACACAUUGACGAGCUGAAAUUGUCAUUAUUGGAUGAUUUUUAUAAAGUAUUUAUUUCAUGCUAUAAUCCUUAUCAAAUUGAAAAUAAGACUGGCUGUGCAGAACCGACUAUGAUACGUUGCUUGGAAACGAAUAAAUGCAUUCAUGCACAUAAAAUUAAUGAUGGAAUUUCGGAUUGUUUUGGUGAUUUCGAUGAAUUGUUCUCUGCUGGCUCUUGUAUAUUGAAUGAUAGUAAAUAUCGUUUUCCAUGCAUGUCUGAGCAGAAAUGUCUGGCACAUUUCCUUGUUAAUGAUUUAAAAGUGCAUUGUAUUGGUGAAGAAGAUGAGUGGAACAUAGAUGGUAUUAGAACUACGAUUUCUGAAAUUCCUUUUUCUGCUUUGUGUAACAAUUGGCCUGAUCUGCUUCCUUUAGCAAAUGAAACUGAUGAAACUCACUGUGAACGAUGGUUGUGUGUGAAUGAAUAUACACGUUGUGAUACAGUAUGGAACUGUCCAAAAGGGAUUGAUGAAAUUAAUUGUCCAUCACCUUUUCAAUGUCCUGCAAAUCAUCAUCCUUGUCUUUUCCCAAACAAUAGUAGAAUGGAUUGUUUACAUAUAAAUUAUACUGAAGAUGGAGUUGUCAACUGUGUUGGAGGAACAGAUGAACGAUCUUACUGCAAAUCACGUGGUUCAAAUGGUAAUGUCAUGCGUUAUCGAUGUUGGAAUGAUACGAAAUGUGCUACAAUUAAAGACAGCUGUUUUGUUUGCAAGAACAGUAUCGAUCAAGUAUGUGAUUCGUCUGAUAAAGCUAAUCAAGAAAUUAUUCUUUAUUUCAAACAUAUGGAGGAUUACAUGUUUUAUGAGAUAAAAUCAUUUUCUCAUCAAUCUUCAUCUAAUUUUCCUUCAAUGCAAUUAACAACAAUAACUGACAAACAUGUGCAAGAUGAUAUGAUACCAGUGACGAAAGAGAAUACCUUUGAAGAUAUUGAUGGUCAUUAUCUGUGGAUAUGUCAUCGAGGUAUUGUGGUACUGGUCGGAAAAAAUGAAACAGAACACUGUUUUUGUCCAUCGAAUUAUUAUGGUGUUUUUUGUCAAUAUCAAAAUCAACGUAUUGCUCUAACUAUUAAAUUACGUCAAGAAAAUGUGGGAAAUUUUCAUAUCAUUGGCAUUGUCAUUAGACUAGUUGAUCAUGUCGGUUUCGUUCACUCGCAUGAACAAAUUACAUACAGUUCGAUAAUUGAUUGUAACAUGAAGUACAAUCUGUAUCUCCUCUAUCAACAACGGCCGAAGGAUAUAACAAAAAAUUAUACAAUCUAUAUCGACGCUUAUGAUAAAUUGAGUCUUAGUUAUCUUACCAGUUGGAUCAUACCAGUAAAAUUUCUCUUCAUGCCUGUUAACCGUGUUAGUGCUCUACUUACGAUUCCACUUCAUCAAGAUUGUCGCAUAUUAUGCAGUGAAAAGUACCUGAAAUCACUGAGACAUGUUAAUUUGAACUCUUGUCCAUGCAGCUUAAAUCAAANAAAAAAUUAUACAAUCUAUAUCGACGCUUAUGAUAAAUUGAGUCUUAGUUAUCUUACCAGUUGGAUCAUACCAGUAAAAUUUCUCUUCAUGCCUGUUAACCGUGUUAGUGCUCUACUUACGAUUCCACUUCAUCAAGAUUGUCGCAUAUUAUGCAGUGAAAAGUACCUGAAAUCACUGAGACAUGUUAAUUUGAACUCUUGUCCAUGCAGCUUAAAUCAAAUUCAUACAACUACUACUACUCGAUAUAAAUGUAACUGUUCACCAGAUUCGAUCUGUGUUGGUUUCGUGAAUAACCGAUCGAUUUGUCUUUGUUCUUUAAACAAAAUUGGACCACGAUGUUAUCUUAACUCAAUAUGUCAAGCAAACACGUGUAUGAAUAGUGGUGUUUGUGUACCAGACGAUGCCCGAAAUUCAUUAACUAAUUUCCAUUGUGUUUGUCCAGAUGGUUUUUUGGGGAAAUUCUGUGAAGAUAGAGAUGUGAGAAUUGACAUAAGCUUAUCUGAUGUAGAAAUGGCACCAUCUAUUCUAGCUCAUUUCAUCCGGAUUAUACAGCAUAGCAUGAUAAGCAACAGUCCAGCACCAGCACGAACAACUUUACUUCGAAAAAUUCUUUUUGGUCAAAAGACAAUCACUUUCCACAUGUCAUUUCCCUUUCAUCUUAUAUUCGCUCAGCUAGAAUACAGUUAUUAUCUUGCUGCUCUUCAACACAAUUAUACACGUUCGAUUAUUAUUUCUACGCAACUUGCACCAUCACAACGUUGUCCACACAUUCGAGAACUCUUCGAUGAAGUAACCGUUAAUUAUUCAACCCUUCGUCGUGCAAAAUAUUAUCACGUGGCAUGUCAAGAACAUACUGAUCUUCGUUGUUUUCAUGAUAAUGAAACAUUUAUGUGUCUAUGUACCGAAAAAAGACAUGCCAAUUGUUUUCAUUUCGACUUUCAUAUGAAUUACAACUGUUCAGGCGUCCAUGACUGUCAAAAUGGAGGGCGAUGUUUUCAAGAUGAUCCACACUGUCCAACAAAAAGGAUCUGUGUUUGUCAAGAAUGUUUUUAUGGUUCUAAAUGUGAACGUAGUACUAAACAUUCGGGUCUUUCACUUGAUUCCAUCCUAGGUUAUCAUAUUCAUCCACAUCUUUCGAUAAUCCGACAAUCAUCACCUGUUCUGAUCAGCAUUACUAUAGCCACAUUCAUGCUUAUUUUUGGUCUUAUUAGUGGAACUCUAUCGAUGGUUACUUUUCAAGCAAAAUCUACUCGAGAAAUCGGUUGUGGUCUUUAUCUAUUUGUUUCAUCAAUAACAGCAAUUAUGACAAUAAUUACUUUUUAUUUUAAACUAUGGUUUCUUAUUUUUUCUCAAAUGAAUAUUAUCACUUCGCGAAGGUUUUUGUUGAUCAAUUCUAUUACAAUGGAAUUUUUUCUUCGAUUUUUAAUGGUUACGACUGAGUGGCUAUAUGGUUGUGUGGCUUUAGAGCGACUUUUAGUUGCUUUUUUAGGUGUCAAAUUUAACAAAACAAAGAGCAAACAAGCCACAAAACGAGUUAUCUUUGUAAUUGUUCUAUUUGCUGCUGCUUCUAUUCUUCACGAUCCUAUAUAUCGUCGUCUAUUUGAUGAUAUUGAAGAAAAAAGAACAUGGUGUUGGGUUGAAUUUACAUUGAACAUUGAAAUCUACAAUAGAUUUAUCAAUCUUUUUCAUUUUAUUAUUCCAUUCUCACUCAAUUUCAUCUCAGCUAUUAGUAUCAUUAUUAUUACUGCAAGACAACGUUCGACUAUUAAGAAAGAAACUACCUUCAAAAGUCACUUAAGAGAACAACUUGACCAUCACAAAUAUCUUAUCAUUAGUUCAAUUUUAUUGGUUAUCUUAUCAUUACCUCGUCUAGUCAUUUCCUUCAUAUCUAAUUGUAUGAAAUCACCAAAAGAAUAUAAGUUGUUUUUGUCUGGCUAUUUUAUUUCGUUCAUUCCACCGUUACUUCACUUCUUCAUUUUUGUAUUACCAUCGGAAGUUUAUAGGAAGGAAUCUCAAAUGAUAAUAAGACGUAAAUGGGAAGCAUUUCGACGUCAUUACAAUCUCAGUACCUGA